UGCAUUCAACCUUCCUUCUCGUUUCUCCUGCGAUUCUGCAGUCUGUCUCCCGUCUGCUUUCGGGCUUGUCCAACACGAACGGCGCGCAGCACUGCCACAGGGAGCGCCUAUCACUCUCUAGUCUUUAGCGGGACGCACCUCCCUGGCACCAAAGUGCUAGACCUUAUCUGCCGCCCAGCCUAUCGUUCCCCAAUUGUUUAACCAAUCCUUGUCCAUCACCGCACCGCGCCAUGGCUGCUUUAGCCCCCGCGCUGCUGAAGCCUGUAAUGGACUUUAGGUUUCUGGACGAGGGCACAGGCGGGGACAAGAAGCGCAAGCGACAGAAGGAGGAGCGCGACGCGAAAGCCGCCGCCGAAGCCGCUGAGGCAGAGGCUGCGGCGGCGGCGCAACCGGGCGAUAUGGCUAUUGACGACGACAACGCUGACGGCCAGCCGUCAGCUAAGCGGCAAGCCGUUCCCAUGGCUGAAGACGAGAAUCGGCCGUCGUUCGGCCGGCCGACUUACGACGGCGUAAUUGCGGGGAAGGCGUCGGGUCGGAAGUGGAAAACCGUGCGAACGACGAGAUCGUCCGCGUUAAGAGUCACGGGCCGGAAGGAGGUUUCGUUAGAAGAGAAGAGGAAGCAGCGAGAGCUGAAGAAGGCUUAUAGGGAGCGGAAGGAGGAGUUAAAGGAGGAGAUCAGGAGCAACAAGGUGGCGAAGCGCGCAGCGGCGCAGGAGAAGCAGAAGAGGAAAGAGGAGAACGCGUUAAAGGGCGCCGUGUUGCAACGUAUAACGAACCCGAAGACGAUCAAGAAGAUGUCUAAGAAGCAAAGACAAAGCCUCGUGAAGGUUUAAUCCUGCUGCCACACGCUUUUCACUCAAUCUCCGUUCGCACUAGGUUCAAGUGCACCCUUUGAAAGUCCUGGAGAGCCGCUUUUAAGUCACUCUCUGGUUCCAUUCGGCCGCACGUGCGCCUUGAGAUUAGGAGAGGAGGACUCGGAGGGCAGAGGAGAGGCGGGGAGCAGGACAUGGGAGGAAGGAGGGAGUGAGAGGAAGGAGGAAGUGAGAGGAGGGGGGAAAGUGAGGAGGGAGGAAAGUGAGAGGAUGGUGGGAAGUGAGGGGAGGCAAGAGGGUGUACAGAGUGGUUCUGGGAGGUUUCAGAAGGUCAGGGUGUGAUGUGGAGGAGGAUGGCUGUGGAGGUGGGGUCCUCACCUUGAGCUAGAGGGUGGGGGAGGUGGGGUUGUAAUGCAAUAGACUGCAGCAGCAUAUGCCUUGCAUGUUCCAUGCUCAGUAUGUAAAAAGCUUAUGCCUAUUCAGGGGAAUGCUGUGUUAACAAGAGGAGACUUACCAAUAUUUAACUCCCCCGGGUAGCUUGAGCGGGUAUGGGUGUUUAAUUUUUCUGGAUAUACACAACACCCUACUCUCGGACGUGAAAACAUUUGAACACCCCCCUGCCACUAGAAUCUCCA